AUGCUCGAAUCAUCCAAUACCUUCGUCGAUGCCAUUUUCAAAGGUUAUGCCCAACAGGGCUUUCUUCCUGAAAAUCUACCCCUGGAAAGACUCCCGAACCCCUACUACAGGCCAUGGGAAGAUAUCGCUAGCCAACUCCCAGCCCUCGUCCAGGCAGGCCAGAUCAGAGACAUGAUCGAGAGCCUGCCAGUCUGUUCGAUUGAGAAUCUCAAAACCGAACAAGAAUGGCGCCGUGCAUAUGUUAUCAUGGGGUAUCUCAGCCAUGCCUACAUCUGGGGAGGAGAUAAGCCCAAAGAAGUCCUACCCCCCUGCAUCUCAAAACCAUUCCUUGACAUCUCUUCUCACCUUGAAGUCCCCGCCUGCGCAACCUACUCAGGCCUGACUCUCUGGAACUUCAAAGCCCCAUCCGCAGACACAGACACCUCAGACCCAGACAACCUCGCCGUGCAGACCUCCUGGACUGGCACAAAAGACGAAGAAUGGUUCAUGCUCAUCUCCGUCGCUGUCGAGGCCAAGGGUAUCAGAUUGAUCUCGCAGAUGCAAGAGGCCAUCAAGGCCGUCACUGCCAAUGACGCUGACCUCCUUACUUCCCUGCUAUACCGUUUCGCCGAUGGUCUGAGUGAUCUCACGUUGACGCUCAAGAGGAUGUACGAGCAUAACAGACCUGCUGUCUUCUUCCAUGAGCUGCGGCCUUUCCUUGCUGGAAGCAAGAACAUGGGUCCCGCUGGUUUGCCCAGGGGUGUCUACUAUGAUGUCGGUGAUGGGGUCGAGAGACCUGAGAACUGGAAGCAGUUGAGUGGUGGCAGCAAUGCUCAGAGUUCGUUGAUUCAAGCGCUCGAUAUCUUCUUGGGUAUCAAGCAUUCUGAUUCGGCUUCUGGGGAGAAUUUCAUUGAGGAAAUGCGCAAAUACAUGCCUGGUCCUCACAGACGUUUCCUUCAAAGCCUCGCUGCGAUCUCGAAUGUUCGUGCCUAUGUCCAGGCCUCGGCUGAUAAGUCGACUGAGAAGGAAGCCUACAAUGCUGCUGUCAAUGAGCUCAAGGCCUUCCGGGACACUCACAUCCAGAUGGUUACUCGGUACAUUGUCAUGGCUGCGAAACAACCCAAGCCCUUGAAGCAGAAUACUGGCAAGGUCAACUUGGCCACGGCGAGCCAAGCCACCGAGAAGGAACAUCAUCUUGCUGGAACUGGUGGUACGGAUUUGAUGCCUUUCCUCAAACGGACCAGAGAUACUGUCCAAGAAGCGAAGUGUUAG